GCUGUGCCCGCCCUCGUGUGUCCCUGCGUGUCCCCCAGGGGUGACCCGGCCUGGCUGUGACCCCGCAGUGCCACCCUGGUCCCCGUCCUGCCAUCCCUGAUGACGCUGACGCGGGCGGGCGCGAUGGGCCUGGAGGGCGCGGUGGCACUUGGCUUGUCCCCAAGGGUGGCACUGCCCGGCCUGUCCCCCGUGGUGGCACCGCCCCGGGAAGGACAGUCCCUGUCAGGGAUGGUGGCGCUGCCACUGAUGGGUGUGUCCGUGACGGGGGGACUGCCAGUGACGUGUCUGUCCCCAAGGGUGACACCGUCCCUGGAUGGGCACUCCCGGAUGGGGACAGUGGCACUGUCCCUGCCUGGCCAGUCCCUGUCACAGAUGGUGGCACUGUCCCUGGAUGGACACUCCCUGAUGGGGACAGUGGCACUGUCCCUGCCUGGCCAGUCCCCACGAGGGACAGUGACACCGUCCCUGGAUGGGCACUCCCGGAUGGGGACAGUGGCACUGUCCCUGCCUGGCCAGUCCCUGUCAGAGGUGGUGUCACUGUCCCUUGCUGGCCAGUCCCUGUCACAGAUGGUGGCUCUGUCCCUGCCAGACCAGUCCCCACGAGGAAUGGUGGCACUGUUCCCACCAGACCAGUCCCCACGGGGGACAGUGACACCGUCCCUGUCAGAGGUGGUGGCACUGUCCCUGGAUGGGCACACCCUGAUGGGGACAGUGGCACUGUUCCUGCCAGACCAGUCCCCACGAGGAAUGGUGGCACUGUCCCCACCAGACCAAUCCCCACGAGGGACGGUGACACCGUCCCUGCCCGGCCAGCCCGGGAAGGUGACAGUGGCACCGUCCCUGCCGGGGAUGGUGGCACUGCCACAGGCCAGCGUGUCCCCGAGGGUGGCAGGGCCGGGCAGCCUGGAUUCCACGAUGGUGGCGGUGACCCUGGGGAUGGAGUCCCCGACCAGGACGGUGGCACUGACAAAGACGGGCGUGUCCACGAUGGUGGCAGUGCCCCUGGACAGGCUGGCCCUGACGGGGACGGUGACACUGCCCAGGAUCCUCCUGUCCAUCACGGUGCCACUGAGAGUGACCAGCGCAUCCACGAUGGUGGCAGUGCCCCUGGACGGGCAGUCCCUGAUGGGGACGGUGGCACUGCCAGCUGCCGAGCUGUCCCCAGCGGUGUCACCGGCCCAGAACGGGCUGUCCCUGAUGGGGAUGGCGGCACUGGCGGUGACAGGCGUGUCCACGAUGGUGGCAGUGCCCCUGGAUAGGCUGUCCCUGACGGGGACAGUGGCACUGCCAGCAAAUGGCCUGUCCCCUGGAGUGCCACUGUCCCUGGAGGGACGGUCCCUGGCCGGAGGGGUGCCACUGUCAGUGACCAGCCUGUCCCCAACAGUGUCACUGUCAGUGACCAGCCUGUCCCCAACGGUGUCACUCAGAGUGACCAGCCUGUCCCCAAUGGUGCCACUACUACUGACUGGCCUGUCCCCAACAGUGUCACUGUCUGUGACCAGCCUGUCCCCAACGGUGUCACUGUCUGUGACCAGCCUGUCCCCAACGGUGCCACUCCUACUGACUGGCCUGUCCCCAACAAGGACAGUGACACUGGCAGAGACUGGCAUGGCCCUGACAGUGCCACUGCCCCCAGCUGGGCUGUCCCUGACAGGGACAGUGCCACUGCUCCUGUCCCCACUGUCACUGCCCCUGUGUGAUCUGUCCCUGACAGGGACAGUGGCACUGCCACUGCUCCUGUCACCAAAGUCACUGGGCCUGUGCGGCCUGUCCCUGCUGGGCACGGUGGCACUGCCACUGCUCCUGUCCCCACUGUCACUGUCUCUGAGUGGCCUGUCCCUGCUGGGCAGGGUGGCACUGCCACUGCUCCUGUCCUCAGAGCCACUGCCCCUGUGUGACCUGUCCCUGACGGGGACAGUGGCACUGCCCAGUCUGUCCCCACUGUCACUGGGCCUGUGUGGCCUGUCCCUGACAGGGACGGUGGCACUGCCCAGUCUGUCCCCACUGUCACUGGGCCUGUGUGAUCUGUCCCUGACAGGGACGGUGGCACUGCCAGGCCUGUCCCUUGUGGUGGCACUGCCAGGCCUGUCCCCUGUGGUGUCACUGCUCCUGUCCCCAAAGUCACUGGGCCUGUGCGGCCUGUCCCUGCUGGGCACGGUGGCACUGCCAGGCCUGUCCCCUGUGGUGGCACUGCCCAGUCUGUCCCCACUGUCGCUGGGCCUGUGUGGCCUGUCCCUGCUGGGCAUGGUGGCACUGCCAGGCCUGUCCCCUGUGGUGGCACUGCCAGGCCUGUCCCCACUGUCACUGGGCCUGUGUGGCCUGUCCCUGCUGGGCAUGGUGGCACUGCCAGGCCUGUCCCCUGUGGUGGCACUGCCCAGUCUGUCCCCACUGUCGCUGGGCCUGUGUGGCCUGUCCCUGCUGGGCAUGGUGGCGAUGGCCCUGUGCGAUCUGUCCCUGCCUGGCCUGUCCCCUGUGCCACUGUCUCUGGGUGACCUGUCCCUGACAGGGAUGGUGGCACUGCCACUGCUCCUGUCCCCAACGGUGCCACUGUCUCUGGGUGACCUGUCCCUGACAGGGAUGGUGGCACUGCCACUGCUCCUGUCCCCAGUGCCACUGGCCCUGUGUGAUCUGUCCCUGACGGGCAGGGUGGCACUGCUACUGCUCCUGUCCCCAGUGCCACCGGGCCUGUGUGGCCUGUCCCUGCUGGAGACGGUGGCACUGCCCGGCCUGUCCCCAGUGGUGUCACUGCUCCUGUCCCCACUGUCACUGGGCCUGGGCGGCCUGUCCCUGCCUGGCCUGUCCCCAGUGCCACUGUCUCUGGGUGACCUGUCCCUGAUGGAGAUGGUGGCACUGCCUGGCCUGUCCCCAGGGGUGGCACUGCUCCUGUCCCCAAAGGUGCCACUGUCUCUGGGUGACCUGUCCCUGAUGGAGAUGGUGGCACUGCCUGGUCUGUCCCCAGGGGUGGCACUGCUCCUGUCCCCAAAGGUGCCACUGACUCUGGGUGACCUGUCCCUGAUGGAGAUGGUGGCACUGCCUGACCUGUCCCCAGGGGUGGCACUGCUCCUGUCCCCAGUGGUGCCACUGUCUCUGGGUGACCUGUCCCUGACAGGGAUGGUGGCACUGCCUGGCCUGUCCCCACCACUGGCACUACUCCUGCCUGGCCUGUCCCCAGGGGUGGCACUGUCCCUGCCCUGCCUGUCCCCAGUGGUGGCACUGCCCCUACCUGGCCUGUCCCCAGGCGUGGCACUGGCUCUGAGUGUCCUGUCCUCAACAGUGACAGUGGCACUGCCACCAGCUGCGCUGUCCCUGAUGGGGACAGUGGCACUGCCCCUGACCUGCCCGUCCCUGAUGGUGCCACCACCCCUGCCUGGCCUGUCCCCAGUGCCAGGCCUGUCCCCAGUGCCACUGCCUCUGGGUGACCUGUCCCUGAUGGGGACGGUGACACUGACACUGCUCCUGUCCCCAGGGGUGGCACUGACCCUGCCCAGCCUGUCCCCAAUGGUGGCACUGCUCCUGCCUGGCCUGUCCCCAGUGCCACUGUCUCUGGGUGACCUGUCCCUGAUGGGGACGGUGGCACUGCCUGGCCUGUCCCCAGGGGUGGCACUGCCACUGCUCCUGUCCCCAGUGGUGGCACUGUCCCUGCCUGGCCUGUCCCCAAUGGUGGCACUGCUCCUGACUGGCCUGUCCCCAACAGCAGUGGCCCUGGCUGCGCUGUCCCUGACAGGGAUGGUGACACUGGCCCUGCCCUGCCUGUCCCCAGGGGUGCCACUGUCUCUCACUAACCUGUCCCCAGAGGUGACACUGGCCCUGCCCUGCCUGUCCCCAGGGGUGGCACUAUCUCUGGGUGACCUGUCCCUGCCAGGGAUGGUGGCACUGUCUCUGACUGUCCUGUCCCCAGGGGUGGCACUGUCUCUCACUAACCUGUCCCUGCCAGGGAUGGUGACACUGGCCCUGCCCGGCCUGUCCCCAGAGGUGGCACUGGCCUUACUGGGGACAGUGGCACCACUGACCGGGCUGUCCCUGGUGGGGAUGGUGGCACUCCUGGUGACAGGCCUGUCCCCAGGGGUGCCACUGUCCCUGGAUGAAAUGUCCUUACUGGGGACAGUGGCACUGCCCCUGCCUGGCCUGUCCCCAGGGGUGGCACUGCCACUGGAUGGGCUGGCCUUGGCAGGGACAGUGGGGACAGUGGCACUCCUGGUGACCGACCUGUCCCCAGGGGUGGCACUGCCACUGAUGGGCUUGUCCCUGACUGGGAUGGUGGCACUGCCACUGAUGGGCUUGUCCCUGACAGGGACGGUGGCACUGCCACCAGCUGGGCUGUCCCUGGUGGGAAUGGUGGCACUCCUGGUGACAGGCCUGUCCCCAGGGCUGGCACUGCCACUGGAUGGGCUGGCCUUACUGGGGACAGUGGCAGUGCCACCAGCCAAGCUGUCCAUGACAGGGACGGUGGCACUCCUGGUGACAGGCCUGUCCCCAAGAGUGUCACCAUCCCUGGAUGAGCUGUCCUUACUGGGGACAGUGGCACUGCCACCAGCCGAGCUGGCCCUGACAGGGACAGUGGCACUGCCUCGGCCCAGCCUGUCCCCAGUGCCACCAACCCUGGAUGUGCUGUCCCUGGUGGGGACGGUGGCACUCCUGGUGACAGGCCUGUCCCCAGCGUCACUGUCCCUGGAUGAGCUGUCCCUGGUGGGGACGGUGGCACUCCUGGUGACAGGCCUGUCCCCAGAGGUGGCACUGUCUCUGGGUGAGCUGUCCUUACUGGGGACAGUGGCACUGCCACCAGCUGGGCUGUCCCUGACAGGGACAGUGGCACUGCCCCUACCCGGCCUGUCCCCAGAGGUGGCACUGUCCCUGGGUGAGCUGUCCCUGACAAGGACAGUGGCACUCCUGGUGACAGGCCUGUCCCCAGUGUCACUGUCCCUGGGUGAGCUGUCCCUGACAGGGACAGUGGCACUCCUGGUGACAGGCCUGUCCCCAGCAGUGGCACUGAUCCUGGAUGGACUGGCCUUGACAGGGACAGUGGCACUGCCACCAGCUGUGGGGACAGUGGCACUCCUGGUGACAGGCCUGUCCCCAGGGUGGCACUGUCCCUGGGUGAGCUGUCCCUGACAGGGACAGUGGCACUCCUGGUGACAGGCCUGUCCCCAGGGCUGGCACUGCCUUGGGAUGAGCUGUCCUUACUGGUGACAGUGGCACU